AGCCUUUUUUAUCCUCAUAUAAUCAAUUUUCAUAAAAAAUCUGUCGAAUUUCCCCCUAAAUUCACGUCUCAUGUGAUCGAUGAUAUAACAGAAGGUGUUAAUACUUCCACGGGGCUUUCGCCAAGUUUAGUAAUGCAAAAGCCUAAGCUUUCCGUUGCAACGCAAGCAACACAAGCCAAAACCUCUUUUCCUUCACCAUCACCACAACAGCGUGAUAGUCCUGGUCCAAUGACACCUCUUAGACUCGAUAACUCAACAGCACCAACCAAUGGACCUUCACCUACCUCUGCAACGCCAUCAGUAUCACGUGUUAAUAAUACCUCUUCUGUAGAUCCAGUGUCUACGCUUCCGCUGGAUGAUGCUAUAAUUCAAAGUAUUAAUGCCGCAGCAACGGAAGAAAGGGCCAAGAAAUUUUAUGGAAGCAUUUUACUUGUUGGUGGCGGAGGACUCAUUUCGGGGAUUCAUAAAAUGUUAGAGAAUCGCAUAUUUUCACGUACUCUACCAUUUACUGACAAAUUUGAGAUUCUUGGCUCGCCUCGUGAUUUAGAUCCAAGAUUACUUGCAUGGAAAGGUGGAUCUGUAAUGAGUAAAUUGGAAAUUGUAAAUGAAUUAUGGAUCAAUUCUAAUGAAUGGGAGGAAUUGGGUGUGAGAUGUCUUAGAGAAAAAGCAUUGUUUGUCUGGUGA